AUGGAAGAAAUUAAUCCUUCAUUCUUAAGUGUUCUUGAAUGUCCAGAUGCUAAUUACAAUGCAGCAUCUCCUCUCCCUCUCUUUCGCAUUUCUUCUUUCUCCUUUCCAGAACUCUCAGAACUCCCUACUUCAGUUUCUUCUGCCACCUCUAGUUCUCCAUCUCAGGUAUCAAAGUCUAUACAGACGUCAAAAUUAAACAAUAACAUGGGAACACUAACAAUAGACUUAGAUGGGAAUAUAGCAAAUCCAUUUCAGCUCAGUGCAAGCCACAUUCAACCUUCAAAAGCAGCACAUCAUCGACUUGUUUAUAAUGCUUCUUAUACUAAAUGUUGUGCAGAAGAGGAGGUGGAUAUACCUUCCUAUACAUUUAGCCUUCAAAAGCAGCCUUCGAAAUGCCUGUUGUGUAGAAGAGGAAGUGGAUAUCCCUUCCUUUCAUACCUUCUAGCUGAACACAUAUAUCCAAAGGGUCUCAGUAAAUCUGAUCGUCAAGGGAGAAUUGAUGCCUAUGCUGCUAUGAAGGUGCUCGAAAGAUAUUUCUCGCAUUCAGGACUGGGUAUUGAACUCGUAUUACCGAAGCAGGUGGAACUCCAAAACAAGCUUUGUCAAGGUCCACCAAAAGAUGUUGAUUUUUUCCCAGAAGAAUCCGCUGGUUGA